UGUCGCAGUGCAAGCACGUUAAACAUAAAAUUGAACAACGAUAUGCAGCGUUCAGUCCAUGUCCUCAACAAAAAGAGAACUUCAACUUCAGUGAAGGAAGAACGUCAGCGUACUGGUCGCUACAUAGCAAUCUUGGUGGGAAUAUCACUCUUCGUGCUGGCGAUUUACCACGCGUGGGUCCGCCGUAUCCCCAUCGUCGCCAGCUUAGUGGUGCCAGCGCUCAUCAUGUUCGUGUAUGUCGGUUGGGUGCUCUACUCGGCCUCCAGGGACAAACACAAGUUGCUGGACGCUGAAGCAGCCCUAAGAGCAGAGCAAGAUCGUGACAACGAACACAGUACGGACUCUGCUCAAAACAACACGGAAACAUUUGUUAAAUAUAGUAAAGAGACUUCCAAGACUACGUCUCCUGAAGACCAAACCUGGUCUGAGAUAUCGUCAGCGCUGGUCAAAGGCGAAACAAGAAACGACUGCAAUUUCGUCAAACCAGUGAUCCUUGUCAAUGAUAAACCACCAGAGGACUUAGACGAAAAAUGGACUAGACUCAUAGAAAGUGUAGCUAACAAUGAUAAAUUCAAAGUCUAUCAGACGAGAAGAAAGUUUAAACGGAAGUUCUGUAGGAGUAAACGGCAUGCUGCGUUUAAAAGAUCGUAUACAAUAGCGUGAAAUAAGAAAUAAUGAAUGAAAUGUUAAGAAUG